UUUACCUUAAGUGUAUUGACGUAAGAAAUUCUUUCAGCUUCUCAGAUGACAGACUCUCUGCUUUCUCUUCCUCUGACAACUGCCUAGGACAAUAUUGCAUGGCUGCAUUUUUUGGAUAGGUCCUAACCAAUUGGAAUAAAUUUGAAUGAUGUGCAUUCAACAUAACCGUCUGUUCCGUGUGAAGCGUUCUUAUCAGUAAAUGCAAUUGGUGCACCAAAUUUCCUGCGUACUCGAGAAAUCUUGAACUUAAUCUGGAAAAAUAUGUCUUUCCGUGAUUCUUCUUCAACUUCCUUUUCGCUGCCAAGAGAAACCCAGGGUCUGGGGACAAGAGGCUUAAAAGGAUCCACAAUUUCCUCUAUAUCUUCUUCUUUUUCUUCUGCAGUUUCUGGAGGCUGUGACAUCAAAUGCUGACAUUACAGCUGUGAUCAAGACCACUCUAGGCCCAGCUAGUUGAAUCCUGCUGCCGGGAGAAUCCUCCUUUGCAGUACUGCCAUGCUGGCAGACUCAUGCUCAGCAUCUCAGCUGCCGCUGUAGGAGCAUUCUUCAUGAAGGCCGCUGUACUUCUGCCUGAGAAGUAUCUAGAAAAAGAAUUAGAAUAGUCGUGCAGGAAAGGCUCAGUUCCACGGCAAGAAGGAAAUGCAGUUCAGCCUGCCUGCUGUACAGACCGGACAGCACCAUCGUGUGGGAGGUGCUCACAUAGCAGCUGUCAGAACCGCUAAAUCGGGAUGGCCCAAAUUCUCUUAAGAGGAGCUACUACCAGUCUGCCCGUGCACGUGAACAGCACAAUUACUGUCGAGACACUAAAGGUGAAAAUGAAUCAGUUCCUCCUCCUUCACUGGAAAAAUGAGGUAUAGAGGAACACGCAGCACUACAGGAAUAUGGUAAUCCCCAGGUGCUCCCUUCAGGAAACCAACACACACUGAGAGCUUUAAAAUGGGUACUGAAGAGCAGCCUUUUGCACUCCUUCUCUUCCAGGAAAGAAAUAAAGGAACAAAAGUCCUAAUGCAAAUGGAAAAUCCUGAAGUGGCCGUGAGCAGCUGCAGUUCUCAUGAUGAUGAAAACCUUUGCAGCUACAAACGGCACCCAUCAAUAUCACAGGAGGGGCUUUUGGAAGAUCAGCUUCGAAGGCAGUUAAAAUUUUUCUUCAUGAACCCCUGUGAGAAAUUCUGGGCCCGGGGCAGAAAGCCUUGGAAACUUGGGAUUCAGUUGCUCAAAAUAGUAAUGGUUACAGUUCAGCUGGUGGUUUUUGGAUUGAGCAAUCAAAUGGUGGUUGCCUUCAAAGAGGAGAACACUAUUGCAUUCAAACACCUCUUCUUGAAAGGAUACAUGGACAGAAUGGAUGAUACCUACGCUGUAUACACACAAACAGAUGUCUAUGACCAGAUAUUCUUUGCAAUAAACCAGUACUUACAGCUGCCCAACAUCUCUGUUGGAAAUCAUGCUUAUGAGAAGAGGGGAGCAGAAGAAACAGCUCUGGCCAUUUGUCAGCAGUUCUACAAGCGAGGAAUCAUCUGUCCUGGAAACGACACCUUUGAUAUAGACCCAGAGAUUGUGACUGACUGCUUGUACAUUGAGCCAAUGACGCCGUUAGACAACACAACAGUGGGAAAGCACAACUUGAAUUUCACUCUGGAUUUCCACAGACUGGUGACAGUGCAGCUCAUGUUCAAUCUGAAGGCAAUCAACCUCCAGACCGUUCGUCACCACGAGCUCCCUGACUGUUAUGAUUUCACUCUGAGGAUAGUAUUUGAUAAUAAAGCACAUAGUGGAAGAAUUAAAAUAAGUCUCGACAACGACAUAGCCAUCAGGGAAUGUAAAGACUGGCAUGUUUCUGGAUCAAUACAGAAGAACACUCAUUACAUGAUGAUCUUCGAUGCUUUUGUCAUAUUGACUUGUCUGGCCUCAUUGAUCCUUUGCACACGAUCAGUGAUUAAAGGAAUUCGGCUCCAAAGGGAAUUUGUAAGCUUUUUCCUAUAUUAUUAUAAGAAAGAAGUAUCUUUCAGUGAUCAAAUGGAAUUUGUCAAUGGAUGGUACAUCUUGAUUAUGGUUAGUGAUGUCUUAACUAUUGUUGGAUCAACUCUAAAGAUGGAGAUACAAGCCAAGAGUCUGACAAGUUAUGAUGUCUGUAGCAUACUCCUAGGAACAUCCACUAUGCUUGUGUGGCUUGGAGUCAUUCGCUACCUAGGUUUCUUUCAGAAGUAUAAUCUUCUCAUCCUAACCCUGCGAGCAGCACUACCCAAUGUAAUGAGGUUCUGCUGCUGUGCUGCUAUGAUCUACCUGGGCUACUGUUUCUGUGGAUGGAUUGUACUGGGACCAUACCAUGUGAAGUUUCGCUCUCUGAACACGGUUUCUGAAUGUCUUUUUUCACUGAUCAAUGGAGAUGAUAUGUUUGCCACCUUUGCAAAAAUGCAGCAGAAAAGUUACUUGGUUUGGUUAUUCAGCAGGAUCUACCUCUACUCCUUCAUCAGUCUGUUCAUCUAUAUGGUGCUGAGUCUCUUCAUUGCACUCAUUACAGACACGUAUGAAACAGUCAAGCACUAUCAACAAGAUGGCUUUCCAGAGACAGAACUUCAGAGAUUUAUAUCACAGUGCAAAGACUUACCGAACUCCGGCAGGUACAGGUUAGAGGAGGAAAGUUCUACAUCUCUCUUCUGUUGUUGUAAUGGUUGUAGUGAACAUAUUUAAUGGAUUGUGGGAGUGUAUCAUAGAGCCUUUAAAGCACACAUUGCAAGAACUGGACAACAGACCUGGUGGAAAACCUUAUAUCUAAGGCCUGAAUUUGCUUUUCUUGAGAAACAGUGUAAGCCUGUGGCAGAAGCUUAUGCUAAAAUUACAGAUUUUUGAUUAGACACUCACCUCUAAUUCAGGAGGUUUGGGUAUUUGUUUUUAUUAGCUUUAUUCUAUUUGUUUCCUCAGUUAAAUUCUGCUAGAAUGCAAAGGGCAUCAAAAAGCUGUCUGUGUUCAGAGACUUGGCUAGGUUAUAAGAGUAGAUCGGAAAUGUAGUAACUUUCAAUUAUAAUUAGAACUAGUUCCAGGCAACUGCAGCUUUGAACACCAACCUAACCCUCAGUACUGCUGCCAUUAUCUGUCCAUGGCUGACCUCUUACUGAAUAAAUGAAAGCUCGCUCUAGAGCCCUUAGAAUUUUUUGUUUAUUUGCACUCAUAGUAAAAAUAAAAACUAUGAAAUUUGGUGUAAUUUUUUUCUGGAGUCAUUAUAGUGAGUUGAUACACAAACCAUUCAAAUAUAGCUAAAAGCAUAAAAUAAAUAUUUCCUUAAACAGAAAUACCACUUGAUGUGAGUGGCAGUCUCUUCUCAGAGAGGCCAGGGAUAUGCCAGGCUGGACUGGAGUUUGAGGGGUGAGUAGAUUGGAGAAAUGGAGAUGUUCUCCUGUAUCUAGCACUCAGUAGGAUCAGUGACAGCCUUUGGCUUUACAGUGUGUGAACUUUUCAAAAUAUAUAUUUUUUUACUUUGAAAUCUUCCUCUGGUUUACAAGUCUGUGGUAAAGUCUCUGGUUUACAAGUCUGUGUAUUUCUGUGUAUUUAACUUAGUUUAGACCUCUGGUUUACAAGUCUGUAAACCAGAAAUCUAAACUAAGUUAAAUACACAGAAAUAUGUCUCUGAGAGUCAUGUUCCUUCACACUUUAGAAACUGGAUGUUUCCUAUCAGCUUAACAACCUGCUACUGUCAAUGGCCAGCUGAAACCUUAGCUCUUGUAGAAGUUCAGUUUUAACAAGUUAGUUUAUAUACUUUGUUGAUUGCGAUACCAUUUAAUUGAUGGCUUGUUUUCCAUAGUCUAUUCACUCUGGGAGCAGAACAGAAAACCAAAGGGAAACAUAUUUUUGAUAACUUGCAUUUGUGAGCAACAUUGCUGGAGCUGUCUGUGACAAUGUAAAAUGUUGUGGAGGACACUGAACAUGUUCUGCCUGAAUGCUUACACAUUGUAAAUGUGCUACAAUAAACAGUUCCAGCUGCAGUAAGUAUUGGAUGUGUCAGUAUUCAUCCUAAGAGUAAAUAUAUUGCCAGGUUAUAGGAGCUUUGUUUAUUAAUGACACUAUACAAUUUCUAGUGUGCAACUGUGUGGAGUGUGUGGACUUGGAUUUCCUGUAGUCAAGACAGCUCCUGUGGACUCUUGUUAGGACCUGUUUCCAGCUGAUCCCAUUUAACAGCAUUUCAGAAUUUGCCAUAGAAAAAAAUAUUCAAUCAUUAAACCUUACACUAAAAACACUCCUCAAAUUCAGCAAAGGCGAACCAAAUACAAGGUGCAGGCAGAACAGAUCUGAACGGUAUAUGAAAGUUUUGUGUAUUGAGGCCCUUGCCUUUUAAUGUUCACCUAAGAUUGAAGACUUUUGAAGCUUUUCAAGAAGACACAAGGCAGUCUUGCCUCAAAAAGCAAAUAUUAAGUGAUCAUGUUUUCUCUUGACACAUUAUAUUCCUUAUGGAUCUUUGACAACACACAAAAUAUAACGUGCACAUCGCUAUUGUAUAAAGUAGUUUGUGCAAGAAAUUCUGACAAGGAUGGCAAGCACUUUCAGAUGAUGAAAUGCAGCAGACUGAUUCACAAGGCUUUUUUAUGCAGAGUAAAGAGAAACCUGAGAUUAAUAAAUCACUUAAAAUGUGGGUGCAUUUUGUAAACAGCUGUGGAAUACAUUCCAGUACAGGUGGAAGGCAAGAAGUAGUCUAAUUUCAUUUAAAAAUGGAGACAGAGCAAAUGCUUUGUCACUGUUAACUUAAGAAACUGGCAACAAAUUUCAAUAAAAUUUGGCAGAGCUCUAAAAUACCAAAUUCUUACAGUUUUAUAAUACCAGAGGGAAACCAUGUUAAUAGAAGCCUGCAGUAUAAGCAUAAGGCAUGGAAAGCUACAAUGGCUGACCCCAAAGCAAGAAAAGAUACUGUAUAUAGAUUUUUUCUGUUCCUAGCAGAAGCAGAGAAGUGUGAUGUCAAAACAUCUAGAUUGGUUUCCGUUGCCUGAAGGGCAAACUUCACUGUGAAGCAUGUUUUGCAGUAAAAUCCCUAGUAGGGUCUUUUAAGUGAUGACCUGUGCUUGUGCUACAGCUAAAAAGUCAAUCAACUGAGAUGCUGAAAUUAAUCAGAAAACCAUGCUCUGUUACUUCUGCUGGACACCACAGCUUUGAAUUUAGCGUUGCUGGCAGUUGUGUGGGUUUGGGGAGGAAAGAGCUGAUGAAAGACAACUUGCCUUCAAACAGUUAUGGGCAGGGGCAGAGUGUGAAGCCAGAGGGGAGGACUCUCUAAAAGUAGAAGGAUGUGUACCAAAAAAAAGGAUCGGAUGGGGUGGGAGGAAAAGAAGGGACAACUGCUUAUAAAGUUAGCAGAGCAGCAAUUGCACAUUUCUGGCUAUGGGUGCAGGCUGAUACACUGGGAAAGAAGAGCAGUAGCCUGGAAGGUUACUGGAUUACAACUGCUCAAAAUGUCCACUUCUGACUGGAAAAAUAACUGCUACUUGUAUUACUUAUCUGAUACAUAUUUAUAUUUUGGGUUUUUAAAGAAAAUAAACAGACAUAAACAUGUGUUGUUUGCCUUAGUGCUACUGCUGGCAAUCUAAGGGCUCGAUGUUGAGAUAUCUGACCUGCUUGAUCCUUGGUGUUUAGGAUCUUCAUCUGCCUAAGUAUUUCGUUCACCUGAGAAGAAGCCAGUCAAUGCUGUGUUUUCUAGCCUACUGGCUGCAUUUGAGAUGAAGUACAGCUCUGCCAAAUCUGUGGCUACAUGUGUGAAAUAUGAUGACUCAGUCAGAUUUAGAUCUGAAAGAGACGGCUCUAAAAGAGGAUUUGAAGUUUUACUUCAUGAACCCAUGUGAAAAAUACAGAGCAAGACGUCAGAUACCAUGGAAACUGGCUUUGCAGGUUUUGAAGAUACUUAUG